UAUAUAUAGGGAAUGGGCAGAGCAUCUCUCAUAGCUCAGUCACUUUCAAGGCAAAAGGAGGUGCUAGAGAAAGUCUCCUUCGGUGUGUCUCUGUCUUUUUGGACUUGGCUUGCUAGAAGGCUCAAGGAGAUGAUGGCAGGAAUGAAAAUCCAGCUGGUAUGCAUGAUACUCCUGUCUUUCAGCUCCUGGAGUCUGUGCUCAGAUUCAGAAGAGGAAAUGAAAGCAUUAGAAGCAGAUUUAUUGACCAGUAUGCAUACAUCAAAGACCAGUAAAGCGAGUGUUUCCUCUUGGAAAAUGACCCUGCUAAAUGUUUGCAGUUUCAUAAAUAAUCUGAACAGUCAAGUUGAGGAAACAGGAGAGUUUCGUGAAGAAGAGUUUAUUACAAGAAGGAAAUUUCCCACUGCCUUAGAUGGCUUUAGUUUGGAAGCAAUGUUGACGAUCUACCAGCUCCAAAAAAUCUGUCACAGCAGGGCCUUUCAACACUGGGAGUUAAUUCAGGAAGAUGUUCUUGACACUGGAAAUGACAAAAAUGAAAAAGAAGAAGUUAUAAAGAGGAAAAUUCCUUACAUUCUGAAACGGCAGCUAUAUGAGAAUAAACCCAGAAGACCCUACAUACUGAAAAGAGGUUCUUACUACUAUUGAGAGGAUACAUAUUUUAUUUACAUGUGAUUGUGAUUUGUUAUCCUUUACUUAAAUAGCAAAUUAUAUUUGUGUGGAAAUGUGACAGAACACAAUUGUUUUGUCUCUUCUGUAACUGUGAUUUAUUGGAUGUGAUUAUUCUGCAUUAAUAUAAAUUGGACUAAAUGUUCUCAAAUAAAUCUAGAUCUUGAGCAUGAUGUGUUGUGUAUAACUAGAAUAGAUAUUUAUUAAGUCACAUAUAGAAUGUUGCAAAGCAUUUAAUGGGUUGUUUAAGCAUCACAAUAUUUGACAUUUUAAACAAAAUUAUAUGAGAUUAUAACAGAAUCCUAUGGCAAAGUUUAGGCUAAUUAUCAUUAAUCCAAAACAAAGGAAUAGUACUUCUUUUAUUAUUUGAUUGAAAUUUUUUUUUUUUGAAGCGAGAGCAAUACAUGCUCUUUUCCAAGACUCAUUUGUGAAUCUGUCAGGUAUGGAGAAGGUAGUAGUGGUAAAAUAGAAUCAUCUAGAAAAGAACUAUUAAUGAUGCCUGUCUUAGUAAAUGAUCUUGAAUAUGUUUUUCUGUUAAAUGAACUU